UCUCCAUGGCUUUGAUACAUUCUGGCGCGCUCCUGUCUGUGCUUGUCUGUGAGCUCGUCUUGUGUUGCCGGAGUAUCUUUUUAUUAAAAGCACGCCAACUUAAUUGGCUGAAAGGCCUUGAAGUUACGAUAGACGCCUCUAGGAACCAUUAACUGUGUUGUGUCGCCCUAUCUUACGAUGGCAGCGUGGGGCGAUGGUGGAGGCUUCAUGCCACCGGACUCUCAGCAGGACACGCCUCAGCGCAAGUUUGCAAGCCGUCAUGACAAUGUCGUUCCAUGCACAAUAGCCCAGAUCCACAUGAUGGGUCAGGACACACUGACUAUAGGAGAUCUUGAGGUGCAAUAUGUGUCAUUGGUGGGACUGGUAACAAGUGUUGACCAGCAGAGUACUCGUGUGAACUUCACCCUGGAUGAUCGGACGGGGCCACCAAUUGAAGGACUGAUCUUUGCCCAGGAAGAGGAGCAGUUGCGUGUCCUGAGCCACCUCGUGGAAGGUAGCUACGUUCGUGUGGUGGGCCCGGUGCGUUCUGCUGAGGGAAAGCGCCAGCUCAAGGCCUUCAAGGUUUUCCCGGUGACUGAUCUGAAUGAGCUAACUCUCCACCUUGCCGAAGUGGUGCAUGCCGGCAUGGCUCUGCGUGUGGGCUUUACUGGUCCCAGUUCAGUGAAAUUUGAGCCAAUGGACACAAGCACUAAUUCAUUUCUUGGUGCUGGUGCUGGCAAUCUUGGUUUGAACCAGCAGCAGAAACUGGUGUACGAAGUGAUCCGGGAGUGCACAACAAACAUUGGGAUCGGCUUCGAUGAAGUUUGCUCCAGACUGAAGUCUAUGCCCAAGAACACAAUAAGGGACGUAGUGGAGUUUCUUGCCAACGAGGGACACAUUUUCACGACCAUGGAUGACGAGCACUACAAGGCCACAGAUUCGGCGUAGCUCUGCAUUCCACCACGCCUCCCCUGUAUUUUAUAAAUGUGUACAAUGUUCAUAUUUACGCCCCACCAUUUAAGAAAAUGCGAUGGGUUGUGUUCUUGUAUAAGUUAAGCCCUUGGUCCUGCCUUCUCAUAAUGUUUGCAGUCGGGUGGCGUUGCAUUGCUUUUCCCUGCUGGUGUUUAGGCAGAAGGCACAUAAACAAAUGUGAAAGGCCACAUUGUUGAAAGCAGUGCACUUCACUAUACACUGCAGCGACGUUAUGAAAGCCAGCAGACUGCACUUCAUUUUCCCUGUGUGGUUUGUCAUCUGCUAGAUGGCAACCUCUUUGAACGUUCCCAAAUAUUCUUUUUGAAUACUUAAGACAAAAAAACUUUCCUUUUAUAUAAACCACCAUUGAACUGUGCCGAAGGUUUUGAGCUUUAAUAAAACCGCAGCUUUACACGCCUUCGUCAGGGGUCAUUAUUUGUUGCC